CUUACUAAAAUAUUUGCCCUAUACGUUUCAUCAGAAAACUAAUCAAUACAUUCAAUGAUUUCGCACUACAUUAUUUUUAAUUCAGUUCGACAGUGAAUUUUGAUUAGAAUUUUGUUCAAAUAGCUCUUUGGUAUUGUUUAAGACAUUUGGCAUUCUUCAAUAAUGUACACAUCGACUGUAACGCAGUUUGAAGAGCCGCCAAAAAAGAGUUCACUUGAGGAAACUGCAGAACCAAUUUCACUAUCCGAAGAAACAGAUGCUCCUCAACCUCUUAUAUGGAGAAACAUUCUUGGUAUUAUUUUUCUUCAUGUAUGGGCAUUUUAUUCAUUCGCAACGAGAUAUCAUGAAGCUAAAUUUUGGACUUGGAUUUUCAGUCCUCUUUAUGGAAUUGCUGCAGGGGUAGGAAUUACAGCUGGAGCACAUCGACUAUGGGCUCACAAAAGUUACUCUGCUAAAGUACCGCUAAGGAUAUUUCUUGCAUACCUCUACUGCAUGGCCGGACAAACACAUCUUUCUAAAUGGAUCCGUGACCAUAGAACUCAUCACAGAUUCUCGGAAACUCCAGCUGACCCGCACAAUGCUCAUCGUGGUUUCUUCUUCUCUCACGUCGGUUGGCUCAUGAUGCGCAGACAUCCGGCGGUUAAAAAGUAUGGAAGUAAAGUAGACAUGAGUGAUAUAAAAGCUGACCCAGUCAUCCAAUUUUUCGAUAAGUAUUACGCGCCAAUUAUGGUGUUUCUCGCUUUUAUAUUGCCCAGCAUGAUUCCAGUUUUUCUCUGGAAUGAAAGUUGGUACAUCAGUAUUUCGGCUGUGAUUAUUCGUUAUGUGUGGCUGUUGAAUGCUACAUUUCUUGUCAACAGCUUAGCUCAUAUGUGGGGCAAUCGACCAUAUAACAGAAAACUAAAACCAACGGAGAACCCAACGGUAUCAUUCUUUACUCUUGGAGAAGGCUGGCAUAACUAUCAUCAUUCAUUUCCUUGGGACUAUAAAGCUGCUGAGUUAGGAGCUUAUGGUCUCAAUCCAACAACCGCAUUCAUUGAGAUCAUGGCAUGGUUUGGACUCGCUUAUGAUCUCAGAACUCCACGAAAAGAAAUCGUUGAAAGGCUCUCUCUUACUAAAGGAGAUGGAACUAAUAGCCUUUGGGGAAAUCAAUAUCAUACUCAUCACUAAUUUUUCUCUUCAUAAUUGCUAAUAUAAAUAUCAAUUUUUUUUUCUCAAAUUAAUCUAAAAGAGAAGAAAAACUAAAUUUAUUUAAACUACCGAAAGAAAAUUUUUUUAUGAUUUAAUUAUUAACAGUUUUGCAAUUUUCUAUUAAAUUUUUCUAAUUAUUUUAAUUUAUUAAACAUACCACAGUUAUUUUCAUUUUUUGUAUAAAUAUAUAAAAGUAGUUUGAAAUACUAACUCUAUUGACACAUCACAAAUAUCAUGUUCACAAAAAUUAUCCACUUCAUCAAAAAGUAGAGUAAAAAUGUUUGCAUUAAUUUAAUUGUCAUAAAAUUUAUUUAGUAUCGAAUUAACUUUACUUGUGCUUUUCAAUAGUAAUACAUGAACGAAUAAUUUUCGGUAACUGAAGCUUUAAUAAUACUAGAAAAUUUUUAAUAAUUUACACAAAUAAUCGUUUAUGAUGAUACCUUUAAUACGAUUAUCAAUAUUGUUAUCAUUUCUAUUUAUUAUUGAUAUGUAAAUCAUUUUGGAAACUUGAACACAUAAUUACGGUUCACAUUUAAUUUUUUAUUAGACUUAAUCAUCAAUCAGCUUAUACAUUUUUUCAUGCUAAAAAUGAAUGAGUUAUCCAAAUUUAAAUGUGAUUUUUUUAUCUUUAAAUAAUUUUUUGUUAAAAAACCUUGAAGAAAAAUUUUCUAAAUAAAUGUAAUUGAAGGAUUGAUUUGAUGUUCCUGUUUAUAUAAAAUAUAUAGAAAAUAUAAUUUUAUGAGUCAUUAACGAUAAAUGGGGAAAGUUUGAAGAAAAGAUUCCAUUUGAAAUAAACUCCAAGCUCAGUCAUUUUAUCAAACUGCUCGAUGUCAUGUAUCUUUACUGUAUCCAUUUUAAGACUUUCUGUAGUUGAAAAUAUCCAAUUUUGUGGGAUUCAAAAAGAAAAUCUUUGUAUAAUGUGUAACAAAAAAAAAAAAGUAUUUAGCUUUCA